AUGUCGUUUGAGGUGACUGAUUUUGGAUUCCCUGGCGGGGCCAACGAAAAUCUGAACAAUCAAGAAGACGGUGAAGUGCUGAGAUUAAAAAACGACAAUGCAGCUUUGCAGCAAAGAAUCGCCAUGAUGGAACAGCAGUUGCUGAAUUUGAAUUCGCAACAACGUGAUGCGUACAAAACUCUGAAAGUUCAAAUCCUGAAGAAUUUCUCCCCUACUGUUGGACAAACCGUUCAGCAGUUUUUGAAGGGUGAAAGUAUUCGAGCUAAGGAAUUGCCAACUGCAUUUCUGGCUCGAUUGAGGAGCAUGUGCUCUAAACUUAACCUACCGAACGUGUCGGAUGCAUUGCUCAAGGGCAUUUUCUUGAAGGGUUUGCCCUCUGAUGCCCAAAGCAAAAUUUACCAUCUAGAAAACCUUGAUGAAGCUGCUACCAUGCUGGACAGCGCCCGUGAAUGGUCUUUGAUGGGACAUGAGUUGUCGGUUCAUGCGAUUGCGAAGACCGCUCCAGUCGAGAAGGAAUCGGACAUAACGAACGUGCUCAAGGAACUGCAGAAGAGCAACGCGCUGAUAAUGGAGGAGCUGAUAGAGCUUAGAAGAUCAAGGAAUCGGUCUCCCACACCCCGUGGUACAGAUCGAGAAAGAAGACGAUCAUCUUCGAGGUCGCGCCAGCACAAAAAUGGUGUCUGCUGGUAUCAUUACAGAUUUGGCGACAGGGCUUUUCAAUGCAACUCCCCGUGCUUGCUGGAGAAUCAUCCCUUGGCCACCCCUCCUGAGAUUGAGUCGACAAACGCCAAGGGCAAGCAGUAA